UUAAGGAUAUCUUAGACACUAUUGAAUUUUCCGAUCCACCGAAAGGGAUAUCAUUUUUGUUUAUCAAUAUGUUGUUUGUUCUGUGAAGUUAGUCCACCUGUAAGUGAAUAGAGAACACACUAACCUUAUUCUCUUGGCUGAUCACGAGUUGCCUGUUCUCUCCUCUAAGAUGCAACUUUUAGAGUUACACAGAAUCAUUGAGGAAAAAGAAAACAUAGCAGAGAUGGCUAAAGUAGAAAAUGAGGAGUUAUCCAGAGAAAAUCAGGACCUCAGAAGAGAUAUUGAGAGACUUCGCAAGGAGUUCACUGACCUCCAAGCUGCUCCAGUGUCCUUGGAGCAUCCCAGCCCUUAUGGCUCUCCAACUGACCCYRCCCCCACUGAGGAGCAGCAGCUAGAUGUACUAUCUGCCGGUCUCCCCUCUGGGAACCACUAUGAGACCCCAGAAACUGCUCCAAACUCUGAGGAGGAAGAGUUGUGCUUGCAGUGUCGUCACUGCCAUGAGUGGUUCCCUGGCAUCACCCAGGAUGAGCUGGAGCUGCACGAGGACAGCCACAGAUUGUGCCCCUACUGCAACCUCAUCUGUGACGGAGUGGAGCAUGCUAUAUUUGAAGACCACGUCUUCAGCCAUGAGGAGUUCACUGACCUCCAAGCUGCUCCGGUGUCCUUGGAGCAUCCCAGCCCUUAUGGCUCUCCAACUGGCCCAACCCCCACUGAGGAGCAGCAGCUAGAUGUACUAUCUGCCUGUCUACCCUCUGGGAACCACUAUGAGACCCCAGAAACUGCUCCAAACUCCGAGGAGGAAGAGUUGUCCUUGGAGUGUCGUCACUGCAUGAGUGGUUCCCUGGCAUCACCAGGAUGAGCUGGAGCUGCACGAGGA